CCGAAACGCUAAGCAGCGAUCAUCAGUUUGUUGAACUACUUUGCUCGACAAGCAGAAAAGGAUAGCACCAGGUUUAAACUCUGAUUCUAUAAGAUAACGGAAUCACGUGAUGCAGAGUCAUGGAUUCGUCUGCAACUGAAGAGGUUCUCAACGAGGAUAUCCCUGCUGGUGAAGCAGAUUCACACGCGGCGUUAUUGGACAUGGGUGACACUGCUGAUGGACUUUUUACGAGAAAGAGGAGGGCAAGACCAACAGGUAGACAAAAGAGAGUCAGAAAAAAUUUGACAAAAGAAGACAUUUCGAAUCCAGAAGGCUUUAUCCAUGUUUUUCAUGCUGAGGGAAGCCCAGGCACGGGCUUGGACCCUAGAUGGCUAAUUCUUCUAAACGCAGUGGGAGUUACAAACGAGCAGCUUCAAAACCAUGACACUGCACAGUUUAUCUACAGCUUUGUGAAAGAGAAGGGAGGCAUUGAAAUUGCAGUCAAGGACAUGAAAGAAGACUCACCGUCUCCAGCGAUGUCUUUUUCACAACUUCCCUCUGGAGAGCAAACAGAAACCAAAAACAGCUCCCUACAGUCAAUUGAGUCUCUAAUUUCAUCUCCACCGUUGCCACCUCUAGACACACCUCUAGACACACCUCAAGACACACCUCAAGACACACCUCAAGAACCGUCAUCAUCUCCAGGACCAGCAGUACCUCCAGCACCUUUACCUCCUAACCUUGCGCACAAACCAACUUUAGUGUCUCCGUUUGAAGGCGACAGCCACAAUGAAUUGUUGACUCGAAUUAGGCAAGGUGUUACCCUGAAGAAAGCUGAUAAUACAAACAAAGUCAGAGAUAUUAGCACAGCUGCUAAAGAUGAAUUGUUCAAGAACAUCAGAGAAGGGACAGUUCUCAGACCCGUUGCUAAGCGUGAGUGGAAACGUAGAACACGCCGCGUGCUGAGCGGAGUGGCUGCAGCUCUGGUUCGUGCUCUACAAGAAAGAAACGUCUUUAUACGUUUGUCUGAUGAAGACACGGAUGAAGAUGAAGAUGAAGAAACCUAUUCUGAAUGGAUGCAAUGAGGCAUGAAGUAGGUACAUAAUAUUAUGUACUACUAAUGUGCAGUGGGGUAGUAUUUUUAUGUACAUUUACUAUCGAAACUCAUAGCAUGUUAUUAAUUAUUUUGUUGAUUGAACUGUACCAGGGUAAGUAGAGUGUCAUAACCACGAUUAUGUUAACACUCAGUCCGUUGUGGCUGGUUUUCUUUAAACUGCAGCUAUGUUUCUGAACAAUUAACAGUUGUGCUUGGUA